AUGAAGCUUUUCUCGGGCAUCUUGGUGCUAGCACUAGUACCCAAGGUGGUCUCGUCAGGCAUCGACUACCAUAGACUUCCAACCAAUCCGGUAUUCCCGGGCCCAUGGAACGAACAUAUCAAAGCUCCAGCCAAUAAAUCGUUUAUCACCCCAGCGCGAUUCUGGAAAGUCGAAGGAAAUGUCACGGCACCAAACACUGGCCACACGCUGCUCACCAGUAGACAUGACGUCUGCUUGGAAGUUGACUCUGUAACCGACGAGCCUGUACUCAACCUCGCACAUUCCGAAUCGUCCCUGUUUGCGGGCAGGCAAUCAUAUGCCACGAACGAGGAGGAAUGGGACCUCCCGUUGCCGUUCCAUCUUGGUAAUCGAACUGGCCCGUUGUGCGUGGAUCCCGAGUUUAACAGGGGCGCGUUCAAGUACUUGACGCUCCGCGUUCACGAGUAUCUCCAACUGUCCGCACAAGAAGUGUUAAAGACUGCUGGUUUUAACCCCUACACGUCGAAAGAGGCGAGCGGGUACCCCGAACCCUCUGUUGCCAUCACACACGGCUAUGGGCCAGCUGCACCUCCUUCCCCUCCCAAACAAACGGCCGGGCGUACUCGGGGCUACUUCCACAGCUCAGGCAGCCUGCUCAACCGGAUCUGCCGAGGGCUCCGCCCUGAUCCCCGCCAACCGCGACUGGGGCCACAACGCGUCGCCCCCCCCGGGUUCUGGUACGCCAACUUCACCGUGACCACCGACGGCGCGAAGCGCGACCAGAUCGUCUGGCCCGGGGAUCUGCACAUCGCGAUCCCUGGGAUCGCGGCGUCGACGCGCGACAUGCUCGCCGUGCGCAACGCGCUAAACGCUAUCUACGAACAUCAGUACGGCGAUGGCUCGUUCCCGUACGCGGGCCCGCCGCUGGGCGCGAGGGGCGAGUUUAGUGACACGUAUCAUCUGCACCUGCUCCUUGGCACGUACGAGUACGCGCUGUACUCGGGCGACGUCGCGUGGUUGCGUAAGCGCUGGGAGCAGCAUGGGAUGUGGGGGCAUAAUCUGGAGGCGAGCGCGCUGCUGUGUGCGGUGGUGCUUGGAAGGUCCGUUGAGCUUGCUGCGUCGGAGGCUGGAAAGGGGGGGUCGAGCAGCUGUACUGCAGCGAUACGGGGCUGUACCUACGCUGAUAACUUGUCGGACCGCCACUGCAGCGCCGGGCCAAGCAGAGUAGAACCCCAGGAUGGAAAUAGCUGGGUGCUUAUUGCGGGGAUGCUGGACCACUACCACCACCACCACCACCACCACGCCUCUAAUAUCUCCCGGAAAACGAGGGCGAGGGCGAGCACAAUCAGCCGCACCCUAAAAGCGCGGUGGAACGCCUUCGGCGCCCUGGCCCCGGAGUUCCCUAACGUCAUGUCACCCUUCGCAUCGUCCUUUGAGACACAAGCACACUCCGGCUCCGAUACAGCGGUCGAACUUAUCCUCCGCAUGUGGACCCACCGCCUCGACGGCCACCCACCCCGGGCUCACGAACAGCACGCUCGCGGAAGGGUUUCAGGGUUGAUGGCGCGCCGGUGUAUCCGGCGGGAUGGUGGUAAUGAUUAUGAGGAUGAUGACAAUGUACAAGAAAAAGCAGAAAAGGAGUUUGUAGUUGAAAUGGAAGGGGGAAAGACACGGGCUUGGGUUCGAUUUCAAGAUGAAGAUGGUAAAGGGAGGACGGAGGAGAUUGUGGUGGGAGGUGAUUUCUGGGAUAUAGAUGGAGAUGUAGAUGGGGGUAGGAAGUGGUAUAAGAAGAAGAUUAAAUAUGGAAAGGGGGGUGGUGUGCUGGUGGAUGAUGGAUCGUUGAGGCGCCUGAGAUGGAGGAUUUGA